UGAUUCACGUGUUCAUAUCUUUUAGGAAUUUACGAUAAUCGACAGAAAAAAGAUGAAUCCUUCAAACUAUAACAAUAAAAUCCAUAGUAAACAAUUUUCACGAAUAAAGAAAAAAGAGAAGAAAAUUGUUUCCACUAUUGUUCGACAAUAUUUUUCUGAAUAUUUGGAAUUAGCCAUUGAUAAUGUUGAAUCCGACCGCACUUUGCUUGUCGAUAAUCGAAAUAAUCAAAUUUUUCUCACUACAGCAGAAAUCCUGAAAUUGAUAAAUGAAAAAAUAAAUGAAAAUUCAAUUUUGGAUUUAUUUGAAGAUUAUUUUCUUAUGCCAGAUAAGAAAUUUUUGUUUUUAAAAACAGCAAAUCAAGAUAUAUGUCAUCAGAUUUACAGGUUGAAUUUUGAUGACAAACUCAAAGAUUAUAAUUUUAAUUUCAUAAUUGUACCGAAUAAAUUACUGGAAUUAGCGAUUAACAAAUAUCAGCCUAUUGUUGAUGAGAUUUUCAAUCUAUUCAGCGAAGAAAAUCAACCAAACGGGUUGAAAAUCAUUAAUGAUUUUCUGGAUGAAUCUGAAGAAUCAACUCUUAUUGGUUUUGUUAAAGUUUAUUUUGAAAAUGCAACUAAAGAAAAUAAAAUAUCUAGGCUGAAAAAUCGUGAUGCCAUUCAUUUUGGCUAUGCGUUCGAUUACGAACGAAAUUCGAUUAUCAAUGAUUCUACACAGGUAGUGAAUUCGGAGAUUCCACCAGAAUUGGAUUAUAUUCGCGAACGCUUUUUAGAAUUCAUACCAGAAAAACCUGAUCAAUUGACAAUAAACCGUUAUGUAGGAGAGAAAGGUGAUCAUAUUCCGUUUCAUUGUGAUACACAUUCUAUGUGCACCGAAUGGAUUUUAUCACUUAGCAUAGGAUCGAGCGUAGUAAUGUCAUGGCGAAGAAGAAAUAAUGAUGAUAAUAUUGAAAAACGAGCAUCGACGAUACUACCAGCUCGAUCAUUGAUGAUAAUGCAAAAGAAUGCAAGAUACAGUUGGAAUCAUGGUAUCACUAAAACAACAAUUGAUUUAGUUCCAUUCUAUAAUGAAUUUUCGACAAAACGGAAACAUCUUUCGCUUCAACCUCGGUACGAACGUUAUUCAUUCACAUUUCGAAAAACAAGACCAAAGGUUUACCAAUGUCAAUGUGGUGAAUGUGUUAAACAACAAAUGAAAAAUGAAAAUGCAAGUUUCUCGAUAUCCAAUCCACGCAAAUUAGAAACGGAUUACGUUCAUCAAACCUAUGAUCAGAUAGCUGAUCAUUUCAGCACAACACGAUAUAAAUGUUGGCCAGAAGUUGCAUUUUUUCUCAAAUCAUUACCACCCGGAGCUUUUGUUCUUGAUGUUGGCUGUGGGAAUGGUCGCUUUUUUUCUGUCAAUCCAUCUAUUGUUAUGAUUGGAACUGAUCGUUCAAUCAAUCUGCUCAGAAUUUGUCACGAACGUAAUUUGGAAACAUUUUUAGACAAUUGUCUUUGUAUCGAUCAAACUGUACGUGAACAAGUAUUUGAUGCUAUCAUUAGUAUUGCAGUUAUUCAUCACAUGGUUAAUGAACAACGACGUGUUCGAGCAAUUCAUGCUAUUUUAAAUCUUUUGGCUUUCGAUGGCCUUGCAUUGAUCUAUGUUUGGGCAUUUGAACAAAAAACUAAAGGUACAUCAUCCAAAUAUUUAAAAAAUAACGAAACUGUGAUGAAUAUGGAACACGAGAAUGAAAAUAACACGGUUUCAGAAAUAUUGUCCGUACAUAAGAAUCGUACGGAAUUUCGAGAACAAGACAUUUUAGUGCCUUGGACUAAAAAACUGACGAAAAACUACGACCAACAAUCAGAAUUAUCUACAAAGUUUCUUCGAUUCUACCAUGUUUUCAAGCAUGGAGAAUUGGAAAAUUUGAUCAAUAUUGUUGCUCGACAAGAAACUAGAUAUUCUAUCCGAAUUGAAAAAAGUUAUUAUGAUCAAGGAAAUUGGUGUGCGAUAGUGCGAAAGAAAAAGCUCUAAUGAAAUUUAAAAACGUAUUGUUUGAA